AUGGACAAGCAAGGCAUGGCUGCUGGAAUUGCUCAUCCUGCUUUACAACAACACGUCUUGGAAAACACUCUCAUCUACUACGGCCUACCAUGUGGCUCUGCCAAAGCUGCCAAAGACUCAGACAAGGGCCAGGCCCAUCUUUGUGUGCUUGCGUCCAGCUGUGAAAAGCCUGUGUAUGUCAAGCUGGGGGAGGCCCUUUGUGCUCAGCACCGAAUCACACUAAUUAAACUUGAUGACAGCAAGAGACUAGGGAAAUGGGUGUGCCUCUGUAGAAUUGAUCAAGGGGGGAAAUACCGUAAUGUGGUUGACUGUAGCUGUAUAGCAGUUAAGGACUAUGGCAAAGCAUCUCAAGCCAAGAAUAUCAUUGAAGAGUGGCAUGCAUUGUGUAAUGUCUACCUCAGGAAGGUGCCAGACUCAAGGAGGCCUUCAGGGAAACAUCACAACAGCUUGCGAAAGAACGUUCAGCUCACUUUCUUGUGA